AUGCAGGAUCGGUGGAUGGGGGGGCUGGGGGCGGGGAUUGGCGCGUUUAGGCCGGGUUUUCCGCCUGGGAUCGCGGCGUUUGGGGCGCCGAUAGGGACGGGGUUUCCGCCGCAGGUGGUGCGGCCGGCGGGAGACGGGUGCUAUGAGUGCGGCGAGCCGGGGCACUUCGCCCGAGAGUGCCCUUCCCGGUCGCGGCGCUUUGCGGAACGGGCAGCGGCGGCGGCGGGGGCGGCGGGGAUUGCAGUGGCGGGGACGGGGGCCGAGGGGCGGCGCAUAGCUUCCAAGGCAAGUGGGAGGGCGGCAGAGGAGGCGCUUAAUAAUGAGCUGGAGACGUACAUGAAGGACAAGGCUAGGGAUGGGGGCAGCAGUGAGGAGAGGGAGGAGGAGGGCAGGAGGCGCGGCGGGAGGGAGAAGGAUGCAGAGGGAAGAGACGAGGUAAGAGGAGGGCGGAAAGGGGGAAAGGAUUCCAGUGAUAGCGACAGUGGUGUGCGGAGGAAGGGGAGAAGUGAGAAGAGGGGAGGCGACAGGAGUAGCAGGAGGAAGCGCUCACGAUCGAGCAGUAGCAGGUCCAGGUCGGGGGGUAGUAGUCGAUCGAGCCGCUCGUCGGGAUCGAAAUCGUCCCGGUCGAGGAGGAGUAGGUCUACAUCGAGGUCGUCGCGAUCGAAGUCCUCCUCUCGCUCAAGAAGUAGAUCCAAGUCGUCGCGCUCGUCCGCCUCGUCCAAAUCAAGGAGUACGAAAUCGAAGAGUGGGGGGUCUAAGAGUGGGGGGUCGAAGAGCACGGGGUCGUCUUCUCGGCGCAAGGGGUCGCCGUCCUCCAGUGAUGCGUUGUCUGGGAGGGAUGGGAAGAGGAGGGGUUCUGAGGAGGUGGUUUCCAAGAGUGACGAUGGUGGGAAGGAGAUGGAAGGGAGGAGGAGGCGAGGAGGGAAGGGGGAGGGGCGGGAGGAGGAGAAGAGGGAGAAGGGGAGGGAAGGAGGAGAGAGAGAGGGGAGGAAGGGAGGAGAGGAAGAGGGGAGGAAGGAGGAGGAGGGGGGAACCGGGAGCAGGGGAAAUGAGGGUGGAGAGGAGGGGGGGAAAGGAGGGGAGGACAGGAAGCAGGAGGCAGCGGAGCAAGGUAGGGGGGAGGAAGGAGCAGAAGGGGGAGAAGCGAGAGGAGCAGGUGGGUUGAGCGAGCGGCGAAAUGAGGGGAAGGCAGCAGAGGGAGAUAAUAUGGACGAGGAUAAAGGGGAAGGGGCGACUGCAGGGGGGGCUGAAGAAGUGGGUAAGGGAGGAGCUGCAGGGGCUAGUGAGGGUGUGAGGGGGGAGGAUGCAGGAAACAAGCGCAAAAGGACGAGUGAGGGUGAGAAUACAGGUGGGAGUGUGGGGGAGGGAGGGGGCGAGGGGAUGAGCUUGGGGCUGGAUGCGAUAGCAGCGGCAGCUGAGGCUGAGGCGGCUGGGGCAGAUGCUGAGGAGGGAGGGAAGGAGGGGACGGAAGGACGCCAAUUCCAGCUGGAUCAGCUACGAAAAGACUUCAAUAAGGCCAACAAGGAAGUCGCCGCCAAGAAAAUUGCGAAGCAGGAUGCGACGGAGGAGAUCGCCAAGGUGAAAUCCAUCGACGAGGCGAUCAAGGCCAAGGCGGUGGAGGUUGAGGAGAAGCGCAAGGAGGUGGACGCGCGCGUGAACACGAUCGGCAACCUGGUGCACGACUCCGUGCCCGUGGACAACGACGAGGACCACAACGCCGUCAUUCGCACGUGGGGCGAGCCUCGCACGGACGAGGGGGUGAAGCGCAACCACGUGGAUCUAGUGCACAUGCUCGACAUCGCGGACUUGGAGAGAGGUGCGAGCACGGCGGGAGGGCGAGGGUACUACCUCAAGGGGAUGGGCGUGAUGCUGAACCAGGCGCUCAUCAGCUUCGGCCUCUCGUUCCUCGUGCAGCGGCAGUACACGCCGCUGCACACGCCCUUCUUCAUGCGCAAGGAGGUCAUGGCGGAGUGCGCGCAGCUCGCGCAAUUCGACGAGGAGCUCUACAAGGUGUCGGGAGAGGGCGACGACAAGUACCUGAUCGCCACGUCGGAGCAGCCUCUGUGCACGUACCACCGAGGAGAAUGGCUCGACCCCAAGGCUCUCCCUCUCAGAUACGCGGGAUACUCGACGUGUUUCCGCAAGGAGGCGGGGUCGCACGGGCGGGACACGCUGGGCAUAUUCCGCAUCCACCAGUUUGAGAAGGUGGAGCAGUUCGCCAUCACCAGCCCCAAUGGCACCGACUCGUGGGAGAUGCACGAGCAGAUGCUCAAGAACUCGGAGGAGUUUUACCAGCAGCUGGGUCUGCCAUACCGAGUGGUGGCCAUAGUAUCAGGCGCGCUGAACGACAGUGCAGCCAAGAAGUAUGACCUGGAGGCGUGGUUCCCGGCCUCCAAGACCUUCCGCGAGCUCGUCUCCUGCUCCAACUGCACUGACUUCCAGGCCAGGCGCCUCGAGAUCAGAUACGGCCAGAAGAAGAUGAAUGAAACAACUAAGCACUAUUGCCAUUUACUCAACAGCACUCUCACUGCCACAGAGCGCACCAUCUGCUGCAUCCUCGAGACCUAUCAGACGGAGACAGGUGUCACCGUGCCAGAGGUGCUUCGGCCCUUCAUGAUGGGUGUGGACUUCAUCCCCUUCGUAAACGGCCCUCCUAGUGCACCAGCAGAUAAAAAAUCUGCUAAAGCAGGUGGGAAAAAGGAGAAGGGGGCCGGAGGAAAGAAAGCAGAGGCCCCAGCUGCAGCGGCUGCUGUGAAGGAGACUGCGGAAAAGCUGGCAGAAGCUGCGAUUGAUGGAGAGAAAUAA